UUAGCCAUCCCCAUUCCUAACAUCAAAAUCUAAACAUCCAAGAUUCAGCUACAUCACAAACCUCUUGUCAGUCAGAACUUGCUUUCUUGGAACAAUUUCCUUCUUGUUCUGUCUCUUCAAUUCGUUUCCUAAUUUUUGCUUUCUCAUUUAUUUUAAGUUCAUAGUCUAAAUUUUGGAAUUUUCGCCCUUUGUGUUAUCAUUCAAUGGAAGGUCUAAUCCCAUUUCUCCUCCACGCCAUUAAGAAACAGAGGCCUCAUCACAACAGUUUCCGUUGCCUCUCCGACACUUCUAACCGGAGCUACCACAUCCUCGUCGGAACUGACUCCGUCGAGGGAUCGUCUCACCGAAGAACUCGAUCGGACUUUCAGCCUCCGGUCACCACCGUGGAUUUCUUGAAUCUGCCUCAGCACAGAAGCUUCAAUAACAGAGCACCUACUCUGUUUUCCCCUGUUUCCUAUAAGAAUGAUGCCAGCAAUUUACAAACGACGGCCACUUCUGUUGAUAAUCUCCGCCAUAGGAAAGCUUAAAGAACUACUACUAUAGUGCUGCGUUAUUUAGUACACUGUAGUUCCUCACAAGAUGAUCUUAAGUGUAAAUGUGUAAUAUUUGGUUGAACUAUUAUAUAAAAUGGUUUGCUUA